UUUCAUGUCAACAGUCAAUGUAGUUGUUUCUAGAUUGUUCAUUUCAAGUAUAAAUAUCAUGUUUUAAAUUUCAAUCAUAUUUAUGAAUAUAAAUUAUUGUAAUUGGUGGUCACUACUCCCUGGAUUGAGAGUAUAUUCGGUAUUUUAAAGAUUUAAGGCUAAUAUUCAUUGUUUAAACUAUUGAAUAGUAGCCAAUAACCGGCUUUUACAAUUUACAACUUGAAAUAGAAAUCAUUGUUCAUUAAACGUAAUUAAAACAUUACACGUGGUAUUCAAUAAUAAAAGUAUUGUGUCUGUUCUAUUACGAAAGGCGAUCUAUUAUGUCUAACACCAAGAUGAAUGAGUUGCGGAGCGACAUAGAUGAGUUAAAAGUUCUAUUAAAUCAGGCAACUCGAAAAAGGGUGAAAGAUUUAUUGUCUUUAGAAAUUCGUAAAUUAGAAACAGAGUGGAUUAACCUGAAAGAAAACAUCAAAGAGACUCCAUUGGAUGUUGUUACACCUGCACCAUCAGUACCUGCUCAAAAGAAGAGGUGUCAGAUUAAAUUAAAUGGAUAUGGCUGGGAUCAAUCAGACAAGUAUGUAAAGGUAUUUGUCACUCUAAAAGAUGUGCAGACUAUACCAAAAGAGCGAGUUACCUGUAAUUUAACUGAGAAGUCCAUGGAACUGUAUGUUGAAGACUUGGACAGCAAGGAUUAUAAAUUGGUGAUAAACAAUUUACUUUGUCCUAUUAAUGUUGCUGAAUCCCAUUGGAAACAGAAGACAGACAUGGUUGUAAUAUUCCUUGCUAAAUCUGAACCCACCAAAUGGUCCCACAUGACUGAAAUAGAGAAAAAAUUUGAAGACAAACGUAGUAAUCGUUUGAAGCCAGAGUCAGUUGAAACUGAUAAUAAGGAUCCUCAGGCAUCUAUUAUGAGUCUUAUGAAAAAUAUGUAUGAAACUGGAGAUGAUGAAAUGAAGAGAAUGAUCACCAAAGCCUUCUACGAAGGGCAACAAAAAAACAAAAGUAACACUGUAGAUUUGUAAAUAAAGUGUUAACUGGUAGCUUUAAGUUGAAUUGUAAACUUAAUUUUGGAAAUAAAAAGAUAUUUCAAAUAACA